CAUUUAUACAAAAUAUUAAUAUUAACAAUAAAAUACAUAUAAAAAUAUAUAAAUAAGAAAAUAAACUUUAUAAAUUUAAUAUUAGUUGGAUUAGGUUGUGCAAUGUUAAAAUAAGAAGUAUAAUAUAUUUUAAUAACUUUUGUAUUUUAAUUUAAUUGUAACUAUGUUGCAGCAAAAUCACUGUACUGUAAAUACAUGGGUAUUUGACGUUUCCAGAUGUUUAGAAAAUCACAACGGAACCGAACUUGCUUUACUUCUAUCCUUAAAAUGUAACAAAUUGUCACAAGAUAAUUUAUAUGGGCUCAAUGAAGAAAAUUUUCAGACGCUCACUAACCAGUCGUUCAAUAAGUUCGAUAAGCUUAUUUCACCUGGAAUCUGCCAGUUUUUCUCAGAUUAUCUAAUGCUGAGAGUUUCUAUCGCAAAUAAUCUCAUGGAUUGGGAUGAUAUUCUUAAAAAGUCCUUCAAAUUACUAGAUCUGUGGCUUGAUAUAUACUUGGAUGAGAAUCUUACAGACCACCACUGGCUUGUUCCAGUAUUAUAUUCACUCUGUAACUUCACGAGUAUUAUCGGCUCAUACGCUGACAAGGCGAAUGUGCCUGUUGUCGUUGAUGGUCAAGAAAGUGACGAUGAGGACGACAAGGAUAAAUAUAUGAAGCAAGUCUUAAAUAAUGUUAGAAGUAAAAUGGGUAGAGUUAGAGGAGAUGAAUCUCGGCAUUCUGCAUAUAUCGUAUUACUUGGCCAAUCUAUAAAGGGGUGUAUGCAGCUUGGAAAUAUGCAAAUGGCUGCUGGAUUUUUAAAAGCCAUUGAAUCGACAACUAUUAAUUACUCAAGGGCUCUCAGGGGGCCACUUAUUAACUUUCGGUACUAUCUGGGUAAACUACAUAUGCAAAAGGAAGAAUACAUUGAAUCUGAGGAACACCUGUCAUGGGCUUUUUCAAAUUGCCUUAAAGAUAACGUUAAGAUGAGAAGGCACAUUCUCGAGUGCUUGAUUGUUGUUAGGCUGGGGCUUGGCAAGAUGCCUCCAGAAUAUCUGCUCGAAAAAUACAAUCUUACCCACUACUCUGAGAUUGUUAAGUCGAUUGUUCUCGGAGAUGUGGAACGUUUCAACAAUACACUCGACAAUUACUUUGAAGAUUUCAUAAAGGAAGGAACAAUUUUGUGUGUAGAACAGCUCAAAUUCUUGGCAUAUAGAACCCUGAUUAGGAAAUCGAAAGAAUGGUGGAACACGUAUGUUCCUUCAGGGAAGAAUAACAUGCUUCCUGUUGGAGUUCUAACGGCAACUGCAGGUUGUCAGGUUCCCGAGAUGACCGACCUCGAGAUGCUAUGCAUUUGUGGAAAUUUGAUUAAAAGGGGCUAUAUGAAAGGAUAUAUUUCAUGGGAGAGACUCACGAUCGUCUUUAGUACAGUUCAGCCUUUUCCGCAAAUUAGUACAGUCUAACAUAAGUAAAAUACAUUUUAAUCUGGUAUAACAACAUGGGUAGAAUAUUUAUAUAUAUGUGUAUGAAUCGAUAAUAAAUUU